AUGGCAGGUCGCAACGUCAUAGUGGCGUCCAAGAAUCCUCUCAAGAUGCUGGCGACUCAGGAAGGCUUCAAGCGCAUGUUCCCCGACGUCGACUUUGCCUUUGAGGCCCGCAGCGUCGGCUCCGGCGUGGCAGACCAGCCCCUCUCGGACCAGGAGACGCUCCAGGGCGCCCUCAACCGGGCGCGCAACGCGCGGGAGCUCGAGCCGACGGCCCUGUACUGCGUCGGGCUCGAGGGCGGCGUGCACACGACCGCCGAGGGCGAGGUCCAGGCGUUUGCGUGGAUCGUGGUCCUGGCGCAGGAUGGCACCGUCGGCCGGGCACGCACGGCAGCCUUUUUCCUGCCGCGCGAGACGACGGAGCUGCUGCGCCGCGGCCUCGAGCUGGGCGAUGCGGACAAUCUCCUCCACGGCAAGACAAACUCCAAGCACCAGACGGGCACCGUGGGCAUCCUGACGGGGGACGCCAUUACGCGCCAGAGCUACUAUGCCGAGGCAGUGGUGCUGGCGCUGGUUCCGUUCAGGAAUACGCAGCUGACAUUUGGAAAGGAGUCGGGCAGCGUGGGAUCGGAGCCUGGUCAGCUCGCGGCUUGA